ACGCGAAACGUUCCUCGAAGACCGGUUUUGAGCACUGGGGUCUCAUCUCGGUCACGGCCCUCUUGUUGAUGGUCAUUUCCGCGUAUUCCAUAAAGAAGGGCAAGAAGUAUUGCUCAGGAAAAAACAAGAGAUCUCGCCCCCGACACUUCACUGGCGGGAAUUUCGUUCUGAUCGACGACCUCGUGAAUUCUGGGAAGACGUUUUACUUCGUGGAGAGCGGAGCGCGAGCCAUAAAGCUGUCCAAGUUGGAAAAUGAAAAAGAAAUGCUGGACAUUAAAGCCCUUUCAAAAUAUAAAGGCGAUAUGGCCGAUGCUAGUUCAAACAUCAAGGUCAUAUAAAGGCAAUAAUAAAUAGGCGGAAAAAUGAA